UCGGUUGCUGUUUACCUGUUGUAUCGGCCGAGCUGUGCCACAAAAUCACGCACACAUCUCUCAUUUACUAUUGUUUUGCUAUCGUAUCUGACUGAAGAGGAUGAAAUAGAGGAAGUGCUUCGGCCUUACUUGAAUUUCGUGGAAGUGCUGCGCAAGCGCUGGUCCUUUAGAACCAUUUGCACACCUAUUUCGUAGGAUUAACCACCAUUAUUAUAGGUACGCCAGGCUACAUUCUACUUAUUCGAGCCCAUUGACUCCUCUGUGAGUCUUCUGAGAAUCCCUUUACAUGUGGGAGAGUCCGCAUCCCGCACUGCAUUGUACCGUGUGAUCUUGGCGAAACUGCAAAAACUAAACGUCUGAGAUGCAGCAAUCGGCAAUAGAGAAUAAAUUGCACAUUUUCCGUCUUUCCUAAUCUGAAAAAACGAUCAAUGAUGCAGAGGUGCAAUGAACUGGGCAAGAAUUCCGCGACCUGGCAGCUCUUAGUUCGCUUCGAUCGCAACAACCUGAAGGUGAAGAAGGGCCCCAACGGUCACUAUUUGGAGAGUAAGUGUCGGGAUGAGUUGCGCAAGGCGCUACCUGCAAAGUCAUUCGAGGAACUGAUGACCUGGGUGGCUAAAUGGCUAAAAAGGCUGGACGAGAUGAACGGCAUGGUGAGCUCUGGCUCGAAAUCCCAGCAGGAAAACGACAAGGAGUCUGAGUUACUUGCUGAGGAACAAGUGAAAGAGGAAAUAGCAGCCAACCCAUCGGUUGUGGACCUUUGCAGCGAUGAAGAAGAUGCGGAAUCAGUUGUUCGCUUUCCUGAUAGAGAAACCCUGGACGCAGAAUCAGUUAUCUCCAGUUCCUCGCUUAUAGUCCUUGACGAUGAGCUGGGCGAGGUCAACCUGAAGGACUAUGCUGAUCACGUCGAUGGUAAACUGGAUGAAGCCUCAUUAAGGAAGCGAAAUCGCCGGGAGGAGGAUAACACAUCUUUUAACGCCAGUAAGCAGUCCUCGCUUAAGGAGUUUUUAACAGACAAAAAAACAAAUCUAGAACAAGCUCCAUCGCCUGUCUUCCGCUCUCUGAAAACGUAUUUCAGACGACAAAAGCUACCUGCAAGUGGCGAAGCAGGCGGCCAGGUACUUCGCGAACUCAACGUCAAAGAUGGAACCACAUUCAAGCACUCCGCCAAGGAAGAUAAGUCAUCCGACCUCAUAGUCAUUGAUGAUCUAAGCCCAGAAGUCGCGGCGAGCACAGAAGAAACCCACGAAUCUGUUAUAAAUGAAAUAGCAGAGCCAAACACCCCAACAGAUAAGGAACCCAAACAAAGUGAUAUCAAGAAAGAAGUGCCAAAUUCUAAGAACAUGAUUGGGAAAGAGAAUUCAUCCUGUGAUCCUUCAGCAAGUCAAGAUAGAGAAUCAAAUUCCGAUGCCUUGCAAAAUGUUCCAAUUAAAUCUGACCCAGAAGUGCACUUGGAAAGGAAUGGAGAAGCGAAAGAAAAUAAUGAACCCAACGCAAAAAGUGAAAGUGAAAAGCCUGAUACCAGAGUGAACGAACCAAAUCAAGUAGGAGCAAAAGUCCACCUGCUUCUGAAGGACUUGCUUUCGACCGACUCGGAGGCUCCUAUUGAUACGAAUAAUACUCCAGAAGUUUCCCCCCAAUUCCCAAUAAAUGCGAUACGAAUUCGUAGUGACCUGGUUUCCUCCCCAGUGGAUAUGAUUCGGGUUCGCACCGAUCUGUUGCAGCAGCAAGUGGAUCAGCCACCAUCACGUGCACCUAUUGACCCGUCUAAAUCUUCCAAAGCACCGGGAGCAGCUGAAAAGCGAAGAUUGUCGCCGGAACAGUCAGGAAAUCAGUGCAUAUCAACUUGCAAUAGCUUACACGGUCAGCCGAAAAGGUCAGCCGUGGAUGGCUAUAAUCCCACAUCAGUUGCCGCCUCCACAUAUUCACCGAGUAUUCCGGAGGCCGCUGCACCAGCAUAUACCGCCAGCUAUCAAGUAAAUGGGCCACCAGCACCCGCUCCAACCACAACGUCCAGUUAUCUGGCGACUGUUCCCUCGAACGCUUGUCCAGUUUCCUCGCGCAGUCCCCAACUAGUAAUUCCACCAUCACCGCUUGCAAUAUCCACUCAAUCCUCUGUUGUGGCCACCCCACCAGUAUUCAACGCGGGAUAUCCACGACCUCUCUCUGUGGUUGCGCCUACUAUAAUCAACUCCAGCUAUCCAGUGGAUCCGGGACGAGCCAAUUCGUUUUGGUACCCUCCACCGAAUCAACGUCCAGCUAUUCCGGUGGUUACUCGGCCCAGUACCACGUGCACUUACCAGUCACUUGGGACACCUGCUCCGUGCACCAGCUCCAAUUACCAAAGAACAAACCCUGUGCCUGCUGUACGGGCUAGUGUUUUAAGUUACAAACCAAUAUUGCCAAGAGCUCCAGGAACAGGGACUACACCCAGAUAUCCCACAACGAACUCCGUGGCUCCUGCGCCCGCUACAGCCACCUGCUAUCAAUCCAAUAAUGCAUCCAAUAAAGCGCCUACAGGAUGCAAUCGUCCCACCGACUUGACCAACAUUAUGGGCAUGCUGGCUCAGGUGGAGUUUUUCGCCUACGGCCAACAGAAUCAUGAGGCUUUCCAUCUCGUCAAUCAGCUACGCCUAAGUCUUCAGAAGGGAGCGGCAAAUAAUUUCCAAGCUCCUCAGCGAAAUGCUUGACCAUUGCACCACAUUACAAACGACCACUUCUUCUGGAAGGCGUACUCAAGAGGAUUUGUUUUUUCGCUAGCUUUUAGGAUUUGUUAAAUACGCAAUUAUAUAUUGAUAGAAUAUAAAAAAAAUCAUUGCAUUA